CCCAGCAUCCUUCACUUUGCCACAUUUUCUCUCCCUUUCUCUCUCUCCCUACCUGUCGUUCUUCGCUUUGCCACAUUCUUCUCUGUCUUCUGUUUCUCGGUGUAAAUCUUCCCGGUCUUUCUGAACUCUUCGAAUGGCGAACCAAGAUCUCGCCUCCCCUCUCCUCCCUCCUCGUCGACAACCGUCCGAUCCUCCACACUCCGUCCUCACCAUCCGCGAUAAUGGCGCGUCGACACACGACCAGAAUGGGCGCUCCCCUUCCAAGCAAGACCCUCGGAAACACAAACCCAAAACCCAAAACCAACACCACAACAACAGUGAUAAUCACGUCCACAACAACACCCACUUGGAGAGGCCCAACCCCUUCGCGUUCUUGGGCUCCAGGAGCUUCUCCGUGCCAGCGGCGAGCACUGUCGACCCGUUCCUGAACCACACCGCGAAGGUCGAUGGGGUCUACGAGGUGGUGAAGAUUGUGUUGUGCUUGCCAAUCGCCUUGGUGAGGCUUGUGGUUUUCGGGGUUUGCUUGUCGGUGGGGUUCGUUGGGACCAAACUGGCUCUUCUAGGUUGGAAGGAUAAGGAGAAUCCGAUGCCCAGAUGGAGGUGUCGGCUCAUGUGGGUGACCCGGAUUUGUGCCCGUUGUAUUUUAUUCUCCUUUGGCUACCAGUGGAUAAGAAGAAAAGGAAAACCUGCUCCAAGGGAGACUGCUCCUAUAGUCGUGUCAAACCACGUGUCAUAUAUUGACCCGAUCUUUUAUUUUUAUGAGUUGUUCCCUACCAUGGUUGCUGCCGAGUCCCAUGAUUCCAUACCCUUUGUCGGAACUAUAAUCAGAGCUAUGCAGGUGAUAUAUGUCAAUAGGUUCGUUCCUUCAUCGAGGAAGAAUGCGGUAAAUGAAAUAAAGAGAAAGGCUUCCUGUGAUAGAUAUCCUCGGGUUCUGCUCUUUCCUGAGGGAACAACUACUAAUGGAAGGGUCAUUAUUUCGUUUCAACUUGGUGCAUUUAUCCCUUCUUACCCGAUUCAACCAGUAAUUGUCCGUUAUCCUCAUGUACACUUUGAUCAAUCCUGGGGAAAUGUCUCCUUGGCAAAGCUCAUGUUCAGGAUGUUCACCCAGUUUCACAAUUUCAUGGAGGUGGAAUACCUUCCCGUCCUUUAUCCGCUUGAGGACCCAAAAGAAACUGCUGUCCAUUUUGCAAAGAGAGCUGGCCAUGCUAUUGCGACAGCGCUAAACGUCACCCAAACAUCCCAUUCUUAUGGGGACGUGAUGCUUCUUAUGAAAGCUUCCGAGUCAAAGCAGGAGAAGCCUUCAAGUUAUAUUGUUGAAAUGGCACAGGUGGAAUCUUUCUUCCAUUUGAGCAGCAUGGAAGCCGUUGACUUGCUGGAAAAGUUUCUGUCGAUGUAUCCAGACUCAAGUGGGCGUGUGUCAAUGGAUGGCUUUUUGAGGGGUCUGAGACUGAGAGCUUCUACUCUUUCUGAAGAGAUAUUUAGGUUCCUUGACGUGGAUAAUUACAGAACAAUCACAUUCAAGCAGUUUUUAUUCGGGUCAGCUCACGUUAUGAAGCAACCGUUAUUUAGAGAAGCCUGCCAACUGGCAGUUCGGGAAUGUGAUGUAGGAGGCAGAGGUUACAUCUCAGAGGAACAAUUGGAAGAUAGCCUUAGAGCAACCAUGAUGAAUAUGAGCAAGGAAGAAAUUCAUGAACUGUUCGAAUUGUUUGAUGAGGAUGGUGAUGGAAGGGUGAGCAAGGACGACUUCGUGUCCUGCUUAAGAAGAAACCCGCUCCUAAUUGCACUGUUCUCUCAUUGUUUACAGCACGAUGAUUCAUUAGAAGACAGCGACCGGACACCAGAUGAGAUUGUUUGAUUAUUGGUUUUCUUGCUUCAUGUUAGGUAAAAGGCUGCAUUUGUCUGCUGCUCCAGUGUAUUUUGAUCUGGGAGAGAGGGAGAGAGAGUGGGGUGCUUUCAUCUUUUUUUCACGGUGCCCCCUAGCAGGGAAGGGACUGCAUGAAUAGACUAUCAGAUCAGCGUGCCAGUUCUUGUCUUGAGAUUACCUUCAACAGAGUUAUUUCUUCUCGGAACCCUCAAUUGGAAAUCACCAAAAUAGAGUAUAGCGACUCUUGAUGG